UUUGAUCAGGCAUCAGCAAUACUGUUCAGUUUCAGCAGUUCAGGUGGGGACUCAGACUAAGUACUACAUUGUUUAUAAUUACGCUACCAUGUUUGAGGUAUGUAUUAUCGGUUCAAUAUCCGCUCAGAAUGGUCGCCGGUCCAUUCUGGGUUCUAGUGGCCCUAAUCUGCCCACUAGAGUGUGCACAUGGUGUCCGGUUUUAGUUUUUGCCGGUAGAUGUUCAGUUAUCAGUUACGUGACUUACGUCGCGAGAUCAGACCGGUAUCAGUUAUCAGUUAUCAGUUAUCAGUUAUCA